AUGAUCCGUUUGUUUUCUUGCAAAUCGUUUAUACAAGUCAAAGUUUCUUUUGACAGAAUCAACACUUUUCUUCUUGAUGAUGAACUCAGGAAUGAUGAAGUAAGGAGAUUUCCCCUGCAGAAUUAUGAUAAAAGUGUGACAGUAGAAGCAGGAAAUUUCAGUUGGGUUCCUGAAAUUGCAAUUCCAACACUUAGAAAUGUGGAGUUGGAAAUAAAAAGAGGGCAGAAGAUAGCUGUUUGUAGACCGGUCGGGGCUGGAAAAUCCUCAAUCUUGUAUGCAAUGCUGGGAGAGAUGCCGAAACUUUCAGGAACGGUUAGCGUGUUUGGAUCCAUUUCCUAUGUUUCUCAAGUUUCAUGGAUCCAGAGUGGGACAAUUCGUGACAACAUACUCUAUGGAAAGCCGAUGGAUGCAGACAAAUAUGACAAGGCCAUUAACGCUUGUGCUCUGGAUAAAGAUAUCAAUAGUUUUGAUCAUGGUGAUAUUACAGAAAUAGGUCAAAGAGGGAUUAACAUGAGUGGAGGGCAGAAGCAAAGGAUUCAACUCGCUCGAGCGGUCUAUAAUGAAGCCGACAUCUAUCUUUUUGAUGACCCUUUCAGUGCUGUUGAUGCACAUACAGCUUUUGUUUUCUUCAAUGUGAAAAAGCUUCAUUUCAAUUGUGUUAUAACUGUUCUAGCAAAGAAAACUGUUGUCCUGGUAACUCAUCAAGUGGAGUUUCUCUCAGAAGUUGAUAGAAUUUUGGUUAUGGAUGGUGGACAAAUUACCCAAUUAGGAAGCUAUGAAGAGCUAUUGAUGGCUGGGACAACAUUUGAGCAGCUUGUGAAUGCUCAUAGAGAUUCCAUAACAGCAUUAGGUUCUUUGAAUGGUCAAGGUGAAGGAGAAUCAAGAGGGAUAGCUCCCGUGAUGUUUAACGAAUGUUCUCCAACUAAACAGAACAGUGAAGGGGAGAUCUCGGUGAAGGGUCCGCCUGGAGUAAAAUUAACACAAGAUGAAGAAGUGGAGAUCGGUGAUGUUGGAUGGAAGCCAUUCAUGGAUUAUGUUUCUAUCUCAAAAGGAUCCGUUUAUCUAUCUUUAAGCAUUUUAACUCAACUUACCUUUGUUGUUCUUCAGGCCACUUCGAUCUAUUGGCUGGCAUUUGCCAUUCAAAUUCCUAACAUGACCAACAGCAUGUUGAUAGGAGUUUACACCGGAGUUGCCACCCUUAGUGCAGUUUUUGUGUUUUUUAGAUCCCAUUCUGCUGCUCAUGUAGGAUUAAAAGCUUCUAAAGCCUUCCAAUCUGGUCUUACCAAUGCCAUUUUCAAAGCUCCAAUGCUUCUUUUUUAUUCUACUCUUGUUGGCAGGAUUCUAACCUCUAGUAAGAUCAAAUUUACCAAUAAGCAAUGA